GACUUAGCCGUCAUAAAGAAACCCUCACGCCAACGUUUGAUAAAGCAAUACUUCUGUCAGUCCUCCAGCUGUCAAUCAAGAUAAAUGGUCUCUUUAAAACCCCUAUCAGACCCGAGGUAUCGUCAUAGUUGGAUUCUGGCCGCUGUCAGUAGCGACAGGACUCCGUCUCCGGUGCAAAGCAGCAGCGCACACUUGUCGCAGCGAGAGCUCCGUGGAGAAAGAGUUUGUGUGGAAUAAAGGUGCGCAAAAUGACAGAUAUUCCGCCGAGGCGCACAUGAACUGCGUUGGACUGUGAUAGAUAGAUGCAUUUCACUCUAUUUAGUGUCCGUCAACUUUGCAAAAUAAGGCGAAUUGCCUUAUCCACUCCUAUAAAAUAGGAGUAAAGGUGAUCGCUCCGAGCAAGGAUUCAAUUAGUUCAACAAUUGUUCCAGGCGAGAACUGAGAUAAGCGGAUACUGAGACGGAGUGAAAUGGAUAUGAAGGCUCUGGGCUGCUUGGUGCUCUUACCUAUUCAGAUACUCUACUAUAUUGUCAAGGCGACCGUGUGCUGGUUCUUACCGAGCAGGCGGAGAGAUCUGUCCGGAGAUGUGGUGCUUAUCACGGGUGGAGGACGGGGCAUCGGCCGUCACCUGGCUAAAGAGUUCGCCGUGCGUGGAGCUAAAAAGCUAAUUCUGUGGGGCCGGACAGAAAAAUGUCUGAAGGAGGCAUGCGAGGAGAUCGCCCUCAUGGGGACGGAGUGCCAUUACUUUGUUUGUGACGUGGCCAACAGAGAAGAAGUUUACAGGCAAGCCAAGGUUGUCAGAGAGAAGGUGGGAGAUGUUACCAUUCUAGUGAAUAAUGCUGCAGUGGUGCAUGGGAAGAGUUUGCUCGACAGUGAUGAUGAUGCUCUUCUGAAGUCACAGCACAUCAACACAAUGGGACAGUUUUGGACCACAAAAGCCUUCUUGCCUCGUAUGCUGGAACUGCAAAACGGCUAUGUUGUUUGCGUCAACUCCAUCCUGUCUCUGUCGCCCAUCCCUGGUGCUAUAGACUACUGCACUUCCAAAGCAUCAUCACUAGCCUUCAUGGAAAGCCUCACUCUGGGGUUGCUAGACUGUCCGGGGGUGGGCUGUACCACUGUCCUUCCGUUCCACACGAACACUGAAAUGUUUCAGGGCAUGAGAGUCAGGUUUCCCCAACUCUUCCCUCCUCUAAAGCCAGAGGUGGUAGCCCAAAAAACAGUGGAUGCUGUGAGGACCAAUACAGCCUUUGUUUACUUACCCUGGACCAUGCAUGCACUCGUUAUCCUCAAAAGUGUGUUACCGCAGAGCGCCCUUGAAGAAAUCCACAAGUUCUCAGGAAGCUACACCUGCAUGAAUACUUUCAAGGGACGGACAUGAGAGGUCUAAAAAACGACAUUGGAGAUCCAAAUGUUACAUAUAUUUUUUAAAAAAACUGUUUCUUAGUCAAACAAGAGCUAUGGAGUUCUUAUGGAGUAUGCACGUCACAGCGCAGCACAGGGUGCCUCAUUUCUAGGACCAUUUGCAGGCCACCACUGUUGUUGCAGUGUUGGACAAACCCAGAAUGGACAAAAAAAAGCCUCAACCGACCGCUGUAUUGUAUGUGUACUUUAACGUUUUUAACAAUCACCUUUAAACUACUGUCACUGUAAAUUCAGCAUCUGAAUAAAAAGCAGUUUUAAAGAGAAAAGCCUUCUAUU